UUAAUUAAGACUGCAUUGUUUUAACUACCGCGAGGAAGAUCUCUUUACACAUUUUUCAAAGCUACCAGUGUAAAGCACGUGUUGGGCAUUGUUUUUGUUUGCCGUGAUAUAUUCUUUAACAAACUUAGCAUCUUCGUAAAAUACAUUCGCGAAGAUGUAUCAAACUUUUAAACUGCCACAAAUAGCAUUUCUAGGAGCAGGAACCCUUGUGGAAGCUUUGACCAAGGGGUUUGUAUCGGCCGGUGCUGUUCAACUUGAUCAAGUUUGGGCAAGUGCGCCAACUGAAAGAGAUGUUUACAGAGCAAAAAAACUGGGAUGCCAAACUACCACAGAUAAUAUAAAUUUGUUGAAAGAAAAUAAACUGGUGGUAUUGGCAGUCAAACCUCAAGUUUUACCAAAUGUUCUACGUGAAAUAUCACCUCAUGUUACUCAGGACCAUUUAUUAUUAUCAUUUGCUGCAGGUAUGAAACUGCGUACAAUGCAAUAUCUAUUGCCUCCCAAAACCAAACUAGCUCGACUGAUGACGAACACGCCUGUACAAUACAGGGAAGGAGUUUCGUCGUUUGCAUUAGGACAACAUUGUAAACCUGAAGACAGAAAAAUGAUUCAACAGCUGAUGACUUCUGUUGGCUUUUGUAGAGAAGUCAAAGAAGAUUUACUGGAUACAGUUACAGGAUUUGCGGGUGGCGGACCUGCGUAUGCGUAUUGCUUUAUCGAAGCUAUUGCAGAUGGUGCAGUUUUGGGAGGAAUGAAUCGAGAUGAAGCUCUACGAAUGGCAGCUAAAACGGUUCUGGGUGCGGCAAGAAUGGUGGAAGAAACUCAAAAGCAUCCUGGAGAACUUAAGGAUGCAGUUUGUUCAGGAGGAGGAAGUACCAUACAUGGAAUACACGCCAUGGAGAAAGCUGGAAUGAGAGCUGCAGUUAUAGAUGCUGUGAAAGCAGCUAGUGAUCGCUCGAAAGAACUCGGAAAACUGUUGAACGAAUCAAAUGGAUCAUAGAUGUAAACAAAUGAAAUACAAUCAAUUAGUUUGUAGCUUUAAAACAAUACACCUGCUAUCAAAAAGCACAUAAAAAUGACCGACUUUCUUCUGGACAUAUAUAAAACAGUGAAUUUAUAAAGAGAGUCCCUAAGCAUGUAUUAUUUUUUUUAUUUGUAUUUUAAAAACAUAUGUAUGUGGCAUUGCCUGUACUAGUCUAAUUA